CCUGCUGGAGGCCUCAGUCACUGCACAUGUGCUACUUCUCAAUCCCAGUCCAUUUUAGUCAGUGCUUGUCAAGACCGUGGAAUGUGCGACGCACAUUGUGCAGCCCUCUCUAUCUGACUGAGGGUCCAGGCUGUCCCCACUCUUCCAAAGAAGCCAUUCCUCUGCCGUUGGCGCUCCCUCGCAUAUUCCAUUGACUGUCUCUCAAUCGGUGACCCUUCUGCAGGAUGUCGUCUACCCCGGAGCUCCUUUUUACCACCCUGCCCCCCUUUCACUCAGUCAGCCCGGGAUUCCCGUCAAUGGAGCCCAACACCACCACUUGCCAAGAGUGGGAGCAGACCCACCAUCUUCUUUUCCACGUGGGGAACUUGUCCCUGCUGCUCGGCCUGCUCAUCCCUACCACACUUGGUCUGCACAUGAUCCUGCUGCGCCUUCUUCUGGUGACAGGAUGUGGCCUAUUCAUCGCGUGGGCAACACUGUACAGAUGUAACAUGGAUGUGAUGGUUUGGAACGUGGUUUUCCUGGUGGUCAACUUCAUGCACUUGAUGUUCCUCUUGUAUAAACGCAGGCCGAUUAAGAUUGACAGGGAGCUGAGGUCUGUGUACAAGCGGAUGUUUGAGCCCCUACAUGUGAACGAGGCUCUGUUCCAGAGGCUCACAGGACAGUUCUGCACCAUCCAGACGCUCAAGAAAGGGCAAGCCUAUGCUGCAGAGGACAAGACCUCCGUGGAUGAACGACUCAGCAUUCUUCUCAAAGGAAAGAUGAAAGUGUCCUACCGAGGUCAUUUCCUUCACAACAUCUACACCAAUGCAUUCGUCGACUCCCCAGAAUUUAGGUCCACUGUGAUGCACAGAGGAGAGAAGUUCCAGGUAACCAUUAUGGCAGAGGAGAACUGUAAGAUCCUGUGUUGGUCUCGAGAGAGACUCACCUACUUUCUGGAGUCCAACACGUUUCUUAAUGAAGUGUUCAGGUACCUCAUUGGAAAAGACAUCACCAACAAGCUCUAUUCCCUCAAUGACCCCACACUCAGUGACAAGGCAGUGAAGAAGAUGGACCGCCAGCCCAGCCUCUGCUCUCAGCUAUCAAUGAUGCAAAUGAGGAACAGCAUGGCCAGCACUAGUGAUAGUGAUGACGUCCUUAAUCAGAUUCUGAGAGGAGGAUCUGCUGGCUCUUCUCUUCAAAAAUCACCCGGUGCUAGGACUUCCUCAAAGAUGAAGCCAAUUGAAGAAGGCAUGGAGGAUGAUGUUUUUGUUGAAUCUCCCCUCUCCAAGCCAUGCCGCCUGUCCAGCACCUCCACCGAGGAGGUAUAACCUAGGGAAGUACACUAGCCGAAACAAAAAAACUAGUAUCCAAGGUGAUACUGUAUGUUAUUAAAGUCAACAAAUAAGAAUAAAUGAAAUAGUUGAGGUCAUAUACAGUACUUUGUGACAUAUGUACUUGUAGCAUGUGGAGAUGUAUUUGUUUAUGUUGUCCUGUCACAUUUGUUUAUUUUUGUCAUAUGCUAAGUGCCUCUGUUGCUAGUAUUGAAAUGAUAAAAUAUGUUGGGUGAGGAAAUAUAAAGUGCUGGGUAAUAUACGUAUGUUCACAAUAAAUUCAGCCAUUACUAUUCCUAUUAUUAAAACAUUUUGUCACAAUUACUUCUGAUGGUAUUUUCAAAUAUUUAUUGAAAAUCUCAACUUAAACAUUAAUGUAACAAAAUCAAAUGCAAAACCAAAGAUACAUUAAAAACAGACUUUAAAACUUUUUUCUAACAAGUAUAUUAAAAACUCAAAGGAUGCAGUGGCCACUUUGAUAUUUUACAUUUUGUUAACCGACCCAUUAUGCUAAGAAGUCAUAUAUAUUUCAGGAAAAAUCAGCACCUCAGAUUUGUGUUAUAAAUUAAAACGCACAUUAUUAUGAAUUUUGGGCCCCAUUCAUUACACUUUUUUGCUCCUGUUUUUUUAGUUUUU